AUGGUAUUAAUAUUAUUAUUAUUUUUGUUUAUUCUCCUCUCCAGAAUGCUAUAUCAAUACAAAAGAUAUAUUUUGAUGGAGUAUUUGAUAUCUAAUUUGUCAAUGUCACCUAAUCGCUCUCCAUUGAACUUAAUAAAGACCUAGGUUUGCGAUUACUUUCAAACUCUAAUGAAUCAAUUGGAUUAUUGAAUGAUAACCAUCUCGUGUGUAGUUCUUAAUCAACUUGUCAUCUAUUAUAAUGUCACUACAGUGAUAACCUUAAGUAAGCAUCUACUCCUCUUUCCAUUUUUACUCCUCUUUCGGUACUAGUCGGUUUUCUCAAUGUGGUUCUUGUUGAUCUCUUAAAUUUUGUACUUUUCUAUAGUUUUUAUUGAUGUAAAUGAAUGCAAACAUCCCAGAAGGGUGGAACGGCUGGAACCAGUCACCACUGAAGCAGAUGGAAGAAGAAUGUUCUGGUGGAAGUUAUCACCAGACAUCAAUCCCAAUAACUAAACCGUUUCUUGCUUUGCACAUUUACUUUGGAAUAACAAAAUCAAAAGGGAAAUAAAAUGUUCAUGUUCUCAGACCAUUUUUUAUUGUCUACAGUCAUUGAAAGAUAACAAAAGGGAACUAAAAUGAGCAUGUGUUCACACCGUUUUUUAUUUUAUGCAUUCUUCGAAGGAUAACAAAGGGAACCGGCGUAUUCACAUUCACUCUGUAAUUCCGAUACUUGAUCUCCAUUGCUUUGACUUCGUUGUCUGCAGGAACCACGAGUGUUACCUAGGGGAUAACCUAUCACAUAAAUAAUUGUGAUUUUUUAUCAUCAAAUGAUAUUUUUACUAGCAGGUACUUGGUUUCUUGAUAAUCAAGAUAUUUCAUCACAUCACAUCACAUCUAGAGCCAAUCCUGCCUCUCUGAUCUACUUAGGAGGCAGAUUUAUUUACUCAUAAAUACUUCAUGCGAUUUUUCGAUUGGAAAGUUCCUGAUGAUUUUGCGUGAGUUUUAGAGUCAUCGCUUAUGAUUUAUUCAUUCUUGCCCUAAAUUUUCUGUAUGCAACUUUUCAGAUCUUUCUUGUCAGAUUGACUUUUUGGAGUCUGUCGAUCAUAUUAUUGAGCCAACGGAUUACAUGAAUGUCUCACAAUUUUCUCUUGAAUAUAUUGAUGAUGAAAACUCUCAUGAGCGUGAUAUAUACAAACCCAGAUUUGGAGGACAUCAAACUCUUAAGGAGAGAGAAAACUCCUUUUAUGCCAGAAAUGAAACUCUUCAUUGUGGUUUUAUCAAAGGUCCUAAAGGAUUUCCUACGGCUGGAUUUGAUUUGAACAAGAAGGACCAGGAUUACAUGCAUUCUUGCAAAGUUGUUGUAUCGUCUUGCAUAUUUGGGAGUUCGGACUAUCUGAGAAGGCCCACAAGAAGCAAGGUACAUGCUUUUUGAGAGAUGAAUAUGGUUAGUGUUAACUCACAAACAGGUCUUUUUAACUUAUGAUAGUUUAAGACACGCGACCAUUGUGACUGAGAAGACGUGGGGCUGCCCCUUUACUUUUUACUAUCUAUUCUGUUAUUCUUUUCUUAAAUUCAAUUAAUGUUUUCGUUCCUCUACAUCUUUAUUUGAGUUUGACAACUAGACAAUACAUAACGUACCUUUUCACUCUCUCUCUUUCUCUCUCUCUCUCUCUCUCUCUCUCUCAAAGUGAUUGCUUCUGCAAAGGAUAUAUGGGAAGAUCUUUAUCUAUCUCGAACUUUAUAACAUGUGUUAGAUAUUGCAAAGAUUUCGUUACUAAUGUCUAAUUACCUGAAGUCCUAUUCUUUCUCACCCUUUUUUUUUGGUCAGAUUAGCGCAUUGUCUAAGGAUCAGGUCUGCUUCGUAAUGUUCUUGGAUGAGUUGACAAUGUCGCAAUUGGCUUCAGAGGGGACUGCACCUGAUGAGAGAGGAAAUAUCGGUCUGUGGAGGAUUAUCAUAGUGAGGAAUUUACCCUACACAGACGUGCGCAAAGCUGGAAAGGUGCCCAAAUUCUUGUCACAUAGACUUUUCCCUUCGGCUAGGUAUUUCUUGAGCUUAUAAAGUCUUUUUUCUGGGCAUAUUGGAAUAAAAAUAUAUAUAUAUAUUCUUUAAGGCGUCUCUUGUCUAACAUUUUCUAGAUGACGACCGAUUAUAUGACACAUUUAUGAUAUGAAACCCAAUUAUGGCGGCGGCAUUAAGGAAUAAAUCUUGAUAAUUUUGGAUGUGCCCAUCAGGUCACAUCUUCUCUACUUCCCGGAUUAUUUCUUGCUCAAGAACAUGUGAAGAUUUCCAUCUUCUGGAGAUUCUCAUCUCUCUAGUUUUAAAUGGGCUCCUAAAAGGCGCAGGACAAGGAAUUGGCAUCCUUCAUCAACAUUAAUCUCUGGGACGCCUCAUCCCAGCAUUUCAAUUCUAAAUCUUGGGUCUUGUUUCAUGGGCUUGUCGAUCAUUGACAGUGGAUCCAUUGCCUUCACAAUUGUUUCUAGUUCUUGGUAUUCUUGUGAUUAAACUUACUCCAUUAUUGAUCAUUUCGGGCGCAAUUCUGUUCUUCCCAUCUUUUUAUUUGAUCUUGGCAGCUACUCAAUUUGGAUCGACAGCAAGAUGCGUCUGAACGCUGAUCCUCUGCUGAUUCUCGAAUAUUUCCUUUGGAGGAAGAGAUCGGAGUAUGCCAUCUCGAUUCACUACGAUCGCCGGUGCGUCUGGGAGGAGGUGCUCCAGAACAAACGCCUGAACAAGUACAACCACACUGCCAUUGAUGAGCAGUUCAUGUUCUACCAGUCUGACGGACUAGUCAGGUUUGAUGAUUCCGACAAGAACACCCCCCUUCCGAGCUGUGAGUCAACAAGAACCAUCACUAUUUUUUUUUUCUCUCUUCUCCUCUCCUUUUUCUUUCCGGUUGAUUGGUCCCAGUCGGUGUUCUUGGCUCGCAGAUGUGCCGGAGGGCUCGUUCAUCGCCCGCGCCCACACGCCCAUGUCAAAUCUCUUCUCCUGUCUCUGGUUCAACGAGGUGGAUCGCUUCACCUCCCGCGAUCAACUCAGCUUUGGGUACACAUUCCUGAAAUUCAGGAGGAUGAAUCCAGAGAGGGAGUUUCGGCUCAGCAUGUUUCAGGUAGUGGAUGAUGAUGAUGAUGAUGAUGAUGAUGAUGAUGAGCUUUCCCUUGCUAUAUAUAUAAUCUUGCCACAAAUAUCAUCACUUUGUGUGGUGGGUGGAUGGUGA